AUGGAACAAUGUUUCGAAACUUUGAGAAAAACGAUCCAACAACUUGUGGACCAGAUGGAACCUGACGAAGAGCUGGAGGUUAAGGAGGGGGAAGUGAUCUUUCGAUACCAGGACCAAGAGAUUCACGAAGGGUUUGGACGAACGGAAAGAAGGACCAAGGCCCAGCAAAUCCACGACCAUUUGGCUCUGUUUCUUCAAGACUUGGACCAACCCAUGGGGACCGAACUUGCAAUGCCUAUCGAAGCCGCUGGAGAAACCUGGAGUGAAAAACUAAGUAACGUGUGUAGCGACAUCGAAGACCUAAACCCAAGGACCCUAUCGACGGCUGAGGGAGCUAGCCGAGCAACUCCCGGCCCCCAAAGUGGGCUUAGUAUAGAAAAUUGCAAAGGAGAUUUCUCUGAGGCGAUGUUGGCGGAAGCGGGAAGGUUGAGAGAGGAGGAAAUUCGGAGGAUGGUGGUGAGUUCACAGGAGCUCACUCUUUGA